UUCAUGUGGUGGUGAUCCUUUCAAUCAAAAUAAAGUUCAGCAGAAGGUGGGAGAGGCAGGAAAGGGAUCGAAACAGAGGGAGAGGGGCGGAAGAGAGGGUGAGGAAUGUCGUGCUCGCCGUCUUCGGGGUCGGGGGAAGACGAGGGCGUCGACGCCUACCGGAAGGGCGGCUACCACGCGGUUAGGGUCGGUGACGCCUUCGCCGGUGGCCGCUACGUCGCCCAGCGGAAGCUCGGAUGGGGUCACUUCUCUACCGUCUGGCUCGCCUACGACACCCUUUCUUCCAAAUUUGUUGCCCUCAAGAUUCAAAAAAGCGCGAAAGAGUAUACUCAAGCUGCGCUUCAUGAGACGGAGCUUCUCUCAGCGAUUGCAGACGGAGACCCUUCCAAUUCCAAGUGUGUUGUGCGACUACUGGACCACUUUAUGCAUGCUGGCCCCAAUGGGCAGCACUAUUGUUUAGUGGUUGAAUCCCUUGGAGAUAGCUUGCUUCGGUUGAUUCGUUACAACCGUAACAAAGGGAUUGGUCUGAACAGAGUCAAGACUAUAUGUAGAUCGAUAUUGGUGGGUCUCGAUUACUUGCACAGGGAGCUUGGUAUCAUUCACACGGAUUUGAAGCCAGAAAAUGUGCUUCUUGUGUCCACAAUCAAUCCUGCUAAGGACCCUGUGAGGUCCAAGUUCACUCCAAUUCUUGAGCGGCCUGAAGGGUGCCCAAAUGGUGGAUAUCCAUUCAGUAUGAACCAGAAGAAGCUGAAGAUUAUGACAAGAAGGGCAUUGGUGAAGAUUUCUAAGAGAAGAAUGUCAAUGGGAGGCUAUGUAGAGAUGGAGAGAAGCUUGGAUGGGAUUGAUCUGAGGUGCAAGGUGGUGGAUUUUGGGAAUGCUUGUUUGUUUGAUAACCAAAUUUCAGAUGAUAUUCAGACAAGGCAGUACAGAGCUCCUGAGGUUAUUAUUGGGUUGGGAUACUCCUUUUCGGUUGAUAUGUGGUCCUUUGCUUGUAUAGCCUUUGAGCUUGCAACUGGUGACCUGCUCUUUGCUCCUAAGAAUAGCCCAGAAUUCACCGAAGAUGAGUCCUUGAUUUCAGGAUCACUUGGCUCUGAUGAUGGAACUUCUUGGAAGGAUGCCCCGACAGUGAAGAUUGCUACUGCAGGAUCUCGAUCAAAGGACCUCUUUGACAGAUAUGGAGACCUGAAGAGGAUUCGUAGGUUGAAAUUUUUGCGCCUGGAUCGCCUUCUGGUUGACAAGUACAAGUUUUCAGAAACUGAUGCCAACUCCUUCAUGGAGUUCCUUUGCCCACUUCUCGAUUUUGAUCCAGAGAAGAGGCCUACAGCAGCUCAGUGCCUGCAACAUCCAUGGCUCAAUGAAUGAGGAGAUUUAUAAGAGCCUAAAGCUGCUCGAGUAUGAAAUAAUUUGAAGAGGUGAUAAAUUUAACGCAACCACCACCAGCUAACAAGUGAAGUUUCAGCAUUUUCACUGACCCGACUUAAUUGUACCACAUGAGGUCUGAAGGAAACUACUCAAACUCGGUCAUCUGGUUGUAUUCAUGAAUACCUUCGACUAUAUUAUGACUUUUGGUAGAGGUUUUUUCCCCUAAUGUUAUCGUCUUCCAAAAGAGAAAACGUGAAGUAGCUUCUGAUAA